AGUAUUAUUACAUAGCUGAAGGUCGUUUCUGAAUUUGGAAAGUAACUUUCAGGCUUAAGUUUUACAGUUGUGUAUGGGCAAUGGAGAGUAUGGUAUUUGCAUAAGUUCCCAACCGUUUGAAUAUUUGUUGUGGGGAUCGUUGUCUGAUUUGUUGUGUAAAUAGGCUUCAAAGCUUAGCUUUCCUUUAGGCAUUAUGCAAAUGAACUGGAGUUAGCCGUGGAUUGGUUUCAUGAUUAUGCACAUCUCUUAGCGCAAAAGUGUAAUAAAAAGGAAUGGAUGGUCAAUUUGCAGGUGAGAGAGUUUUGAUCAGAGAGUCUUGUUUCCAGGUCGCUUGAGUUGUGUAAGAUAGCAACCUGUUCUGGAUGUGGCCAUUGUAAUAAGUGUUGGGUCGGUAGGGUUUAGUAAGGGACCUAUGUUUGGGGGUCUUGAGCUGGAUGGGCUUAUAUCUAUUGUCUGUGGUUGUUCCAAACCUUCUACAAUUCAAUAGUAUCAGAUGGUCAAAUAAAAAGAAUACUUUAAACAUUUACACAUUUCCUUAAUUUCUUGUUUUCUUAUUACGUCCGCGGUGUGACUUGAAUGAUUGCUGAAAAAAUCAAACAUAAAAAAUUCUUAUAACUUUUGAUUUGUUCUCAUAUGUUUAAGUUUCCAACCUACUUUACGACUCUAAUUGAUUUAAUCACAUUUUAUUACCGAACCAAUUAUUGAGAUAAUAAGCUAGUAGGUAGGUGUAACAAAUCCACACAAAAAACAAUGGAUUCAUAAUAAAAGAAAGACAUUAUUAUAUAAAAUCAACUAUCCAUUUUCUUCUAUCAAACGACCAAUGGAUUCAGAUCAGGAACUCGCAUACGACUAUUCUCCAAGGUUCCGUAUCUACAAGAACGGCCAAAUCCAACGCCUCGUGGCCGAAACCUUCGUCCCACCUUCACCAACCCCUCAAAACGGCGUCGUUUCCAAAGACGCCGUCUAUUCACCGGAGAAAAACCUCUCUCUCCGUAUCUACCUCCCUCACCAAACCCUCGAGACCAGUGAAGAGAACAAUAAGAAAAAGAAAAAACUCCCACUCCUCGUCUACUUUCACGGUGGAGCCUUCAUCAUGGAAACCGCUUUCUCCCCGGCUUACAACACUUUUCUCACAUCAACCGUUUCAGCCGCCGGCUGCAUCGCCUUCUCUGUGGAUUACCGCCGUUCACCGGAGCAUCCCAUUCCCAUCCCGUACGAAGACUCCUGGGACGCGGUGAAAUGGAUACUCACUCACAUCGCCGGUUCUGGUCCGGAAGAUUGGGUGAACGAUCACGCCGACUUCAGGAGAGUGUUCGUCGCCGGAGACAGCGCCGGAGCAAACAUCGCUCAUCAUAUGGCGAUCAGAGCCGGUGAAGAGAACGGAAGUAUCAAGAUCUCGGGGAUGACUCUGUUUCAUCCGUUUUUCUUUUCGAAAGCUAUCCUCGAGGAGCAGGAAGAUGGGGUGAGGAGAUACAUGGAAGGGAUUUGGGAGAUAGCGUGUCCGAAUAGCGAGAAGGGAGUGGAGGAUCCGUGGAUCAACGUGGUCGGGUCGGAUCUAUCUGGAUUGGAGUGCGGGCGGGUUUUGGUGAUGGUGGCGGGAAAGGAUGUACUUGCUAGGGAAGGUAGGGUUUACGCGGAGAAGCUGGAGGAGUGUGGAUGGGGAGGAAGAGUUGAAGUGGUGGAGACUGAGGGAGAAGAUCAUGUCUUCCAUAUUAGGAAUCCUGAUUCUGAUAAUGCUCGUUUACUUGUUCAGAGGUUUGCAGAGUUCAUUAGACAAGUUUGUUGUGACGACAACGUUAGAAAAUAGAUAACACAUAACGAAUAAAUUUGUUGCUUGUAAAGCAAGCAAAGUUCAAAACUUCAAAUGGAUCUACAAAACUCAAAAGUGUAAGAAAUGUGAAAAGUGCAGCGUUAAAGAAGAAAUUCAAGAGAUCUAAUUGUUAUCC